AUGUCCAGCGACGAAGAAAUCUUCCCGUACAAGCCCAGCUCUGCUGCGGCAAUCUUCUUCACUGUCGCCUUUGGCCUCACCGCGCUCGUGCACAUUUUCCAAGCCGCCAGAAACAGAGCACUUUUUAUGCUAGUCAUUAUAAUUGCGACACUUCUUCAAGUAACAGGCUACGUUAUGAGGAAACUCGCCAUAGACAACGACCCACAGAUGUGGUCCUAUGUCAUCUCUCAAGUCUGCAUUGUUGUCUCUCCAGCGUUUGUCGCCGCGCAAGAUUACAUGGUCGUCGGACGAAUGAUGUCCUACGUUGGUCCAGAAUCUACAUUCAUCUCUCACACCGUCAUUACCAAGCUCUUUGUGAUCCUCGACAUCGCCUGCGUUCUCACCCAAGCAAGCGGCGUCAGCGCAGUCUCGGGUGACAAUCUCUCCGCAAAUCAAAUCAAAAUUGGUCGAAGUAUCUUGAUCGGCGGUCUCUUGGCACAAAUUGGCGCUUUCCUCAUCUUUCUCCUCAUCGCCAUCCUGUUCGACCUCAAGAGUCGGAAACUGCGUCAUAUCGACCAGGUCGAGUUAAAGAAGCUGAGACCUCUGUUCACCGUGUUCUACAUCUCCGCGGCAUUGAUCAUCGGGCGGUCAAUUUUCCGAACAGUCGAAUUUGCCACCAUCGACUUUGACUCGCAGACGCAAGGCUAUCUCUUCAACCACGAAUGGCCUUUCUACGUCCUCGAUGCAGUUCCCGUCCUCAUUGCCACGUUCAUCUUCAACAUUGUCAACCCCUCCUCUGUCCUUCCUCGUAAAAAGGGACUUCGUAUCGAUGGAUCCGUCGAGCUGCAGCGAAGGCAUUGGUGGUCGCGCGAGGUCAAGACGGCACCCUCGGAGGAAUCUAUGAUUCAAAAAGCAUAA